GCCUCAAUAAAUUGCCUCAAUAAAUAUGGCUUUGGCCAUAUUGAACUCAAACAACAAAAAGAUAAUGGAUGAUUCAGACAUCGAAGCAGCGGCAAUAUUGCUCGAAAUGCAAGCAGCAGCAGCACUCAAUUUUCAAAUUCUGCCAGAAGCUCGUCAACCAAAUGCAGCCAACGCCCCCCCUCCAAAUAACUUAAGGGCAGCCGUCCACGGACCUCCAGGAGUCCCUGAUAAAUGGGGUGCAAGAAGACGUCGUUCUGCAAGACCACAUCAACCAAAUGCAGCCAACGCCCCUCCAAAUAACUUAAGGGCAGCCGUCCACGGACCUCCAGGAGUCCCUGAUAAAUGGGGUGCAAGAAGACGUCGUUCUGCAAGACCACAGCAUCAAUCAGUGGCAUCGGUUGAGUGCGGUGCAAGAAGAGCACGUUCAGCAAGAGGCAGGUUGCAAGAUUAAUCUAUUUCAAUUAGAGAAAAUGUUUUUUUGUUUACACCUAUGUUUAUUACUGUGGCAUAACUAAUGUGCGUUCUGCAAAUUGCUUAUGUAAAAAAAACACAAAUUGGCACA